AUGCUGCAGAACUUGGGUCCUUCCAGCUCCAACCCUCACAGUCACAGCUCGCCUCCCACGUCCACACCCACGGGAACAAGCCCAGCCCAGCCUCCUCCUCCUAUUGGUGGCAGGAGGUCGUCGUUUGGGCUCAAUUUCUUGAGCAACUUCAACGCCAUGCGCUCCAACCACCAACCUGCGUCGCCCCCCACGGAUAAUACCCACUCGUUCAUGUCCAACAGCCCAACCAUCGCCAACUUGAACAACUACGCGAUGUCCACCACGCUCCACGACGAGGCCGUGGCUAAUGCACAGAGCUCCACCACCAACAGCGACUCCGACAACCUCCAGCUCUCCGAACCCGAAACCGAUCUCUUGGAAUCGGAAGAGGACAGGAACGGCAUGGACAAGGACGGGUUUUUCUCGGUCAGAUUAACCCCGUUGAUCGACCACUCGUCCUCGGCCUCGGGGCUCUACUUCUCGCCUGUUAUCCGCAAAAUCAAGCCCGAGGCUAACAUAUCCAUCGGACGGUACACCGAGAAGAAUAAGGCAGCUGCCCAUGCGCCACAAGGCUCGUCUGCGCCCAUCGUGUUCAAGAGCAAAGUUGUGUCGAGAUCGCAUGCAUUGUUCCAGUGCAAUGAGGACGGCCAGUGGUUUCUCAAGGAUUGCAAGUCGUCUUCAGGGACAUUUUUGAACCACAUACGAUUAUCACCAGCAUCACAAGAAUCCAGCCUCAUGCCGUUAGUGGACGGUGACAUCGUGCAGUUGGGCAUGGACUACCGAGGAGGCGCCGAGGAGGUGUAUAGAUGUGUGAAAAUGAGAUGUGAGUUCAACAAGAGCUGGCAAAGAAAGGUCAACCAAUUCAACCUCGAAAUCCACAAGAAGUUGAAGAACUUACAGAUCAACACAGAAGAACCCUCGGACCUUGCGGAAUGUGCCAUCUGCUUGAACAAAAUCGAACCGUGUCAGGCCCUUUUCAUCAGCCCCUGUUCUCAUGCCUGGCAUUACAAGUGCAUCAGGCCAAUCAUCAUCAAAAGCUAUCCCCAGUUCUACUGUCCAAACUGUCGUACCAUGUGUGACUUGGAAACCGACCUUGACGAAGAUGAAUAA